GUAGAGUUGUGAGUCAAAUUUAUUGGCUCAGAUAUUUGUGCAGCCACGUCCUCUCUUGCUAACCUUCACCCUCAACGCGGAGCUGUCCAUUGGCACAGGUGCUGAAACGCGUAGGUUCUCAUUCCCUCACAGCGGUGCGAGACUGAGGGUCGAGAGUAAAACAUUUGAAUGAUUGUAUUGACUUUAUCCAUAUAUUUUUGAGACACUUCGGUGGAUAUACAUUGAUUUACUCAGCUUUCAUCAAGAGCGCAUCAAAGGUCCACGUUCUGACCCGGUCAGUUAACGGACUCUUAAGAGGGAGAAAUAUGGCUUUUAUGGUGAAACAAAUGGUGGGAGGGCAUGUGAAGAACCUGACCGGGGGUUUGACUGAGGAAAAGCCCGAAGGAGAGAAAUCGGAAGCCGCAGCGGCAGGAAUGACCCAGGAGGAAUUUGAACAAUAUCAACAACAGUUAGAGGAGGAAAAGCAGGAACGAGAUGCUAGUUUUGCCCAGAAGAAAGCUGAGCGGGCAACAGUUAGAAGUCACUUCCGGGACAAAUACAGACUGCCAAAGAAUGAGCUGGAUGACACUCAGAUCCAGCAGGCGGGGGAUGACGUGGAGCUGCCCACAGAGCUAGCCAAGAUGAUCGCUGAUGACAACAAGGAGGAGGCGUCCAAAACGUCUGUCCUGGGCCAGCUGACCAACAUCCAGAAUGUGGACAUGGACCAGCUGAAGGACAAGGCCCAGGCCACGCUGGAAGACCUCAAACAGUCUGCUGAAAAGUGCAAUCUCAUGUGAUCUGGCUGGCUGACUGAAUUCCUGCUCUCUCUCUCUCUCCCUCCCUUACUUUCUUUAUCUGUACAACAAAGGAUCUGUGUAAGAUAUGAUCUAUGAUCAUGUACAAACGUUGAUAGUCAUGUUGCUUUGAAUACACACACAUACAGUCAACACUGCCUCACAUACACAAACAUACUGCAGCAGCUCCUGGCCAAGGAAUCAGAGUAAACACUGUCAAAGCUGUGGGAGAAACAGAGUAAACACUGUCUAAGCUGUGGGGGAAUCAGAGUAAACACUGUCUAAGCUGUGGGGGAAUCAGAGUAAACACUGUCUACGCUGUGGGGGAAUCAGAGUAAACAAUGUCUAAACUGUGGGGGAAACAGAGUAAACACUGUCUAAACUGUGGGGGAAUCAGAGUAAACACUGUCUACGCUGUGGGGGAAUCAGAGUAAACAAUGUCUAAGCUGUGGGGGAAUCAGAGUAAACACUGUCUAAACUGUGGGGGAAUCAGAGUAAACACUGUCUAAGCUGUGGGGGAAUCAGAGUAAACACUGUCUAAGCUGUGGGGGAAUCAGAGUAAACACUGUCUAAGCUGUGGGGGAAUCAGAGUAAACACUGUCUAAGCUGUGGGGGAAUCAGAGUAAUAGUCUUAUGCCAAAGACCCUUGGCAGAAAACCAUUUAGACAAUGGCACAAAGUAUAUCAACUAGUCAUAUUAAGUGUGAGACUAAAUCAAACUUUCUUGUCUUGGGACCACAUUCAGUACAUUACAAACCAAGUGUCUGUUAUAUCUAUCGCAGGUGUAAAUGUAUUUGCGGUUAGCCUGUUCUGUUGUCCAUCUAGUCUAUGGUCAUUAACUCGUUGGGGCCUUGCUAAGAGACAGCUCGUCCUCUGUGAUGCCAACCCAUCUAACCUUUCAACUCUAGCCUUUAACCUGUCCUCAUAUUGACCAUGACCUCUCCAUCUCAGUGUUGUUUUGUGCUGGUGGUUUGGUGUCGUUUAAACGCUAUGAUAUGCCAAAUGCUGUCUUUGAAAAUGUCAUCCUCUGCCUGAGUGCUGGUUAUAGUGUUUAAUAAGUACACAAUACUAUGAACAUAUAUGAACAUAUAGUACUUGAUAUUUGUCUGAUUUGUUCUUGUAUCACUAAAUAAAGACGCAGGUGAGAGCAGGA